GUCUCAGCUCCCUAUUUAACUAUUUUCAGCUGAAACCCUAGGCGGGCUGGGAGUCGCCGGCGACAGAUUAGGAGAAGAAGAAACCUCGGCCGUUGCCAUGGGGAGAAGGCCAGCACGGUGUUACCGGCAGAUUAAGAAUAAGCCGUACCCAAAGUCAAGGUACUGCCGUGGUGUGCCCGACUCAAAGAUUAGGAUCUAUGAUGUCGGAAUGAAGAAGAAGGGGGUUGAUGAAUUCCCAUUCUGUGUGCAUUUGGUCAGUUGGGAGAAGGAGAAUGUCUCAAGCGAGGCUCUUGAAGCUGCUCGUAUUGCUUGCAAUAAGUAUAUGACAAAAUUUGCAGGGAAGGAUGCCUUCCACCUAAGGGUGAGGGUUCACCCAUUCCAUGUUCUUCGUAUUAACAAGAUGUUGUCGUGUGCUGGAGCUGAUAGGCUCCAAACUGGAAUGCGUGGAGCUUUUGGCAAGCCACAGGGUACGUGUGCCCGUGUUGCCAUUGGUCAGGUUCUUCUAUCGGUCCGCUGCAAGGAUUCAAACAGCAACAAUGCACAGGAGGCCUUGCGCCGUGCCAAAUUCAAGUUCCCUGGCCGUCAAAAGAUCAUUGUUAGCAGGAAAUGGGGCUUCACGAAGUUCAGUCGCACAGACUAUGUCAACUUCAAGAAGGAAGGCCGUAUUGUACCUGAUGGUGUCAAUGCCAAGCUUUUGGGAUGCCAUGGGCGUCUUGCAAAUCGCAAACCUGGGAAUGCAUUUAUAGAUGCAGCUGCUUAAACCUCUUAAUUUCAAAGUAUCUGCCUAGCACAUUAGUUAGUUUUCUAGUUCCUCUGACCAAGAUUUUGAAACUUAAUAUAAGAUGUACUUUGUGAGUUUUGUUUUUUUUGGGAUCAUUACUGUUAUGCAUGCAUGCACCUGUUGUUUUGAUAUAUAUUCAGUUAUCUUUGGAAUUUAUCUGCAGUUAAUGUUGGGUGAAA